CUUCCCGUUUCCACUCCCCCUGCGAUUCGUGACAAAAGCGUCAGCUGCCCCCUCCCCGUCGGCGCCAGGCUCCUUCCAAAGCUGAACGAGGAAGAAUGGGGAUCCUUUGGACCGGCUCUUGGAUUCUGGUACUGGUGCUGCAAGGCAGCCCGAUUCAAGCUUUCCCCAAACCGGGAGGCAGCCAAGACAAAUCUCUUCAUAAUAGAGAAUUAAGUGCAGAAAGACCUUUGAAUGAACAGAUUGCUGAAGCAGAAGCAGACAAGAUUAAAAAAACAUACCCUCCAGAAAACAAGCCAGGUGAAAGCAAUUAUUCUUCUGUUGAUAACUUGAAUCUGCUGAAGGCAAUAACAGAAAAGAAAAUAAUUGAGAAAGAUAGACAAUCCAUAAGAAGUUCCCCAUUUGAUAACAAAUUGAAUGUGGAAGAUGUUGACUCAACCAAAAAUCGGAAACUGAUUGAUGAUUAUGAUUCUACUAAGAGUGGAUUGGACUAUAAAUUCCAAGAUGACCCUGAUGGCCUUCAUCAACUCGAUGGAACUCCCUUAACGGCUGAAGACAUUGUCCAUAAAAUUGCUACCAGGAUUUAUGAGGAGAAUGAUAGAGGAGUAUUUGACAAAAUUGUUUCUAAGCUACUGAACCUUGGCCUUAUCACUGAGAGCCAGGCACACACUCUGGAAGAUGAAGUGGCAGACGCCCUACAAGCAUUAAUCUCAAAGGAAGCCGACAAUUAUGAGGAGCAGCUAAGUAAACCCACAAGCAGGACUGAGAAUCAGGCUGGAAAACUACCUGAGAAAGUGACUCCAGUAGCAGCAAUUCAAGAUGGCUUUACUAAUGGAGAGAACGAUGAAACAGUAUCUAACACCUUAACCUUGACAAAUGGUUUGGAAAGGAGAACUAAAACCUACAGUGAAGGUGACUUUGAGGAACUCCAAUAUUUCCCAAACUUCUAUGCACUACUAAAAAGUAUUGAUUCAGAAAAAGAAGCAAAAGAGAAAGAAACACUGAUCACGAUCAUGAAAACAUUGAUUGACUUUGUGAAGAUGAUGGUCAAGUAUGGCACAAUAUCUCCAGAAGAAGGUGUUUCCUACCUUGAAAACUUGGAUGAAACAAUUGCUCUUCAAACCAAGAACAAGCUAGAAAAAAAUGUAACAGACAAUAAAAGCAAGCUUUUCCCAGCGCCAUCAGAGAAGAGUCAUGAAGAAGCUGACAGCACCAAGGAGGAAGCUGCUAAGAUGGAAAAGGAAUAUGGAGCCUUGCAGGAUUCCACAAAAGGUGAUAACUCCAACCUAGGAGGAAAGACGGACAAGCCAAAAGGAAAAACAGAAGCCUAUUUGGAAGCCAUUCGAAAAAAUAUUGAAUGGUUGAAGAAACAUGACAAAAAAGGAAAUAAAGAAGAUUAUGACCUUUCAAAGAUGAGGGACUUCAUCAACCAGCAAGCUGAUGCUUACGUAGAGAAAGGCAUCCUUGAUGAGGAAGAAGCCAAUGCCAUCAAGCGCAUCUACAGUAGCCUGUAAAAGUGGCAGAUGAUGCAAGAGUGUUUCAGCUUUUCCAGAAAACAUCAGAUAGCUCAAAAUACUUCUAACUCAAUGAUUAAAGUUUGUCACCCAAGGAUUAUUAUUAGAACGUGAUGAAUUUAUAGUAGUUAGCCUUUUAGAAGUGGGCAAAAUAUAACUUUCUUGCUAUAAAAACCUUCUGAGAAGUAAAGUUGUAUGUAAGCUGAAA